AUGGCCGGCAAACUUGCCCUAGUCGUCAUAUUAAUGCACUCAAUCCCAAUCCUCGCACUCCCUACCUACGAAGUCCCAAUCACAUCCAAAUCCCUUACGUCACCCCACAAUAAACGAUACUACUUCCCAGAGACCCUACCCGAUGAAGACGAGCUCAAAGCAAUAAAAGAAACAGUCAUGCGCGAAGCAGGGUUUGUCACUUCAUCAAAUCCAUACCCGGAGUCUGGACCGAUGCAUAAAAUGGAGACGGAGCUUCGAAAAGCACAUCCGAAUCCGGAUGCAGCGAUCGACACGGCUGCGCCGGCAAAACCGGCUAGAUACACACAAGACACAGAGCUGAAGCACUCGCAGUUCCGAUCCCGUCUGGAAGAGUCUGAGACAUUCGGGUCGGAUGAAUACGAAUACCCGAUUUACUGGCCGCCGUUUGGAUUCUUUGUUGUCUCUGCUGCGAUUGUGUGCCUCGUUACCAUCUUGAAGGGGAUCCGCGCGAAGUGA